AUGGCAACAGUACAGAGGAAAUCGCCGUAUGAAAUACUCGGCGUCUCGAAGGAUAUCAGCUAUUCUAAAUUAAGAAUAAUUUAUCGCAAGAAAAUACAUGAACACCUACAAAAGAAAAUUUCGGUUACCGAUUUUCGUCUUAUUUGCCGUGCAUACGAAACAUUAUCUGAUAGUACGAAACGUAAACUUUAUGAUAAUCGACAAGAAUGGACUUUUGAACUACCCAUCGAUAAAUACAUUGCACAACAGCUUGCUAGUGAGCCAGCUCUAAUCGAUGGUCUAACAGAACGUCUACGUAAUGCUAAUUUAGCAGAAUUAAAUGCUCAAGAUCCUAUUACAGGUCAUACAACUCUUUACUGUGCAGCUCGUGCUGGUAAUAUUGAAGCAGUCUUGUUUUUGAUUGAACAGGGAGCAGAACCAGAUUUAUCACAACGUGGAAAACGUACGGCACUACAUGCUGCUGCCUAUUAUGGACAUGCGGAUGUUGUUCGUUGUCUUCUGGAAAAUGGAGCUAACUAUCGAUUGAAAGAUGAAAUUAAUAAUACAGCUGAAGACCAAGCAUAUAAUGAUGAUGUAAAAAUGGUAUUUAUUGAACUUAAACAAAGUGCUUACAUUCGGGCAGCUGCCAAUGAACUCGAUUGGUUUUUCAAGAAUGGAUUAACUGUACAUCAAGAUGCAGAAUAUUUUUCUCAUCGUGAAACGUUAUUGCAUUGUGCUAGUAAAAAAGAUUUUUAUGAACUUGUCCGUUGGCUCGUCGAGCGAUGUGACGCUAAUAUGGAUCUUGUUGAUUUAAAUGGCAAUACACCUUUACAUUUGGCUGCUUACAGUGGUCAUAUAAAGAUUGUUGACUAUCUUCUUAAUCGUGGUUGCGAUCCAACUGUUAAAAAUCGUUGGGGUACAACAGCUGAAGACGAAGGUAAUAAAUACGGUAAUAGUAUUACUGGUCUGUUCAAAUGUAUGCGAGAACGUGAUAUGUUUGGGAUGGCACGAACUGGCCCUAUGUGGUGGUUUGAUUAUUAUUUUAAUAAUGAUUCAAAAGAUCUAUGUGAUUCUAAUGGUGCCAGUUUACUGUAUCAUGCAUGCCGUUAUGGACAAUACGCUGUUGUAAAAUGGUUAUUAGAACAUGGUGCUAAUGUUAAUAUUGAAAUAAAAAAUAAACCAAAUCAUACUCCAUUAAAUGUAGCGAAAUUUCGUGGCCAUGCUUUAAUUGUUGAACUUUUACUUGAACAUGGUGCGGAUGUGGAUAUUGAACAUGAUUUCGGAGCAAGCGUUUUUGAAGAUGAAAUAUCGAAAGAAGUCCAUAGAGAUGCAUCAGUUAAAACUAGAAAUAUCUUAUUAAAAUAUCAUCACCACUUGAUAGAUCAUAAACCGAUUGAUAUCUAUGUGUAUGAAAGUGAUGGUGCUGAAGAUGAACCAAUGUUAAAAACGAAAUUGGGACUUUUGUCCACAUAUCAGGAUCUAUCAAGAGAACUAUCUAUUGUUUCCGGGAAUUUUAAAAAUCCUUGCUUCUCUAUUGCAGGACGUGCGCUUUCCUUCGAGACAAAAGAUACAACUAUAAUAUCAGCUGUAGGUCGUUCACGAUAUACUAAUUCGAAAUGUAUUGAUACACCAAUAUGUCUUACGCGUCACAAAACAUUACCUAAUCGAUCUACAAGUCAUCAAUCAGUUCAUCAGGAAUCUAUAUUAAACCUUCGAAACAUCCGCAAGAAGUUAAUUUCCGAUGGUAAAAUAAAAUUGUUUACAUUGAAACUUCCGUUAAUGAAGAAAAAAGACAUUCAAAUUGAUAAUUUAGUAUUCAGCUUCUCUGAGAAUUCUUCGAAAAGUGACAUCGAAUUGAAAAUAACAACAAUUGUUACACCUGAUCCUGAAAUUGUCGACAUACCAGGAUGUAUUUGCCUGUUUCAAACUGAAAUUAAUUCUAAUUCUACUAAUUCCUCAUUUUUUGAACUGCCCCUCGUCUCGAUGUUUAGUUCUAGUGUUCGCCGUGCUCGUUUACCUUUGAUUGGUGGCAUUCAUGCAUUCGUAUUGCAUUUUGAUAUUAUUCCAAAACAACUUACACUACCAGCAGAUGUGUUCAUUGCGGCUACUCUUGAAAAACCGUUGAUAUCACGAGAUAAACCGAUACCCUGUAAAUGUUUGAUUCUUCGCAAACAUAAUUCGACCAUGUUUCCACAUGUAGCUUAUCAUGGAACGGCUAUUAAUGCCAUUCAGUCUAUUCUGAAUGAUGGACUAGCCCUGCCAGGCACAGUAACAACCGGUGGAAAACGUAUUAAUCCACCAAAAUCUCAUAUUGCACGCGACAAAACAGCUUUUGGUGUCUCUGAUUUUGCUUCUGCCAUUUUUCUAAGUCCUAGUGUAUACUAUAGCGUCGAUCCAACAUAUGCAAAAACAUUUUCUUAUGGCGAUCGAAUACUCGUACCCGUGCUAGAGUGCAGCGUUAAAAGUCAAUGCUAUAGUACUAAUCGUUGUACGGUACCAACCUAUAGAAAACAUAAAGGCGAUGAUAUGGAAACUAUUGAAUGGCGCGUUAAAGAUCCACAAAAUAUCGAAAUUAAUGCAAUAUUAUUCAUUACCAAGAUCAACUCAAUUGAUGCAGCAAAAAUGGAACGAAUUAUCAAGGCAUUUAUCUUGCUCAAAAUGAGAGAAGGGCGAACUGUAUUGGAAUAA